UUAUAGUAGAUAAGUGAAUCCAACUGUGCUAGUCCAAAAAAACUAACCACCUCAUAAAUGGCUUGGGGUUGAUGAUCAGCUGGUUUUUGUGGACUUAUAUAUAGAGGUGUCAAAAUGCAAGCUCGAAUUUAGCAAGAAAAAGAUGAAGUUGGUCGUCGUCGUCGUCGUCGCCGUCUCGAUUUUGGCAGUGGUGGUGGAUGCACAAAGCAUGUAUGCUUGCUGGGGUGGGUGCUACAACAAGUGCUUCAUAGGAGCUAGAAACUCCAUAUCUCAAUCUCAGAAGCUUGCUUGUGAUUAUCAAUGUCUCAACACAUGCAUUCCUUCCAAUGCUGCUGAUUAUGCUCACUAUUGUCACCUUGGUUGCUUCCUCAAGCGCUGCACCCCUCUUAGAAAUGGUGAUGGUGCAAGAUUGGAGAAAUGCUUUGGUUGGUGUACUGAUCUAUGCAGUGACAUUGUAAUAGCUCCAUGAAUUGAAUAAUCUUGGGAUUGCCUAAAUUUGAUGUAAAAUGGUUGAUGAUUCUUCAUCUUGCAAUGAAAUAGUUCACUAGUUUGCA